CGGGGGCAGGCGAGCGCUCGGGCGAGCCGGUCCCGGCCACCUCACAGAGGCCGGGCUGCGACACAGCCGGGCCGGCCGGUGGUGGCUCCGGGCGACGCUCCGUCGGGCGACACGGCAACCCGUCCCAAGGCCACCAGCUCCUUCCAGCACAGCACCAUUCACGAUGAAAGUCCCCCUCAAGAGACAAUUCAAGAUGAGCCUGCUGGAUAUCACCAAGAUGUUCUCCCUGUUCCAACCCAGUGAAGAUGAAGAUGGGGACAAAGAAAGACAAGAGCUGAGUCUCGCCGUGUCACAGGACAGCUACCAGCUGUUGGACCAACUGUUGCACCAAGAGAGUUACAAACGCGUCAUCAACAGUCGGAGUGGUUGGGGGGUGCCAGGCACUCCCCUGCGCCUAGCGGCUUCCAAGGGCCACGUCAAGUGUGUCAAGGUGCUUCUGGACCACGGAGCCGAAGUAGACAGCUUGGAUGUCAAGGCCCAGACACCACUGUUUGUUGCUGUCAACAAUGGGCACCUUGAUUGUGUGAAGGUCCUCUUGGAGGCAGGGGCUUGUCCUUCUGGGAGCAUUCACAACAACUGCACCCCGUUGCUCACGGCUGCAAGAGAAGGAUCCCUGGGAAUCCUGCAGGAGCUGCUGUCACACGGGGCAGACCCUAACGUCAAACCUCGAAUCCCAGAAUGGGCGGCCAACUCUGUGGCCUGCUGUGGACCUUUGUAUUUGUCUACCGUCUAUGGUCAUCUGGAGUGCUUCAAGACCCUCUUGCUGUACGGGGCUGAGCCCAACUACAACUGCUUGGAUAGGAACAUGAUCACCCGAAUUAAACACCCCAAGACUCUUCUGGAAGUCUGCUUGAAGCAUGGCUGCAGGGUGGAGUUUGUCAAGCUCCUCAUUGAUUUUGGUGCCAGUGUCUACUUGCCUGGCAUCAUGUUGGGGAAGAGCUCAGCAAACCCUGAAGUGCUUGAGCUGUUGGCCAGAGAAAGAGCAUUGCCCAAAUCCUUGAUGUCUCAGUGCAGACUGGCAAUCAGAAGAUUUAUGAAACUGGAGAACCAUCCCGAAGCUGUGGAUCAACUGGACAUCCCACUAGUGCUGCUCAACUACCUCAAACACCAAGUGUAACAGAAGAUCAACGCUGAAUUGCCCAGGGUUACCAAAUACUGUAACUGGAUAACGAAAAAAGAAAGAAAGAAAGAAAGAAAGACACUUCUAAGAAUUGAAAAACCAGUGUGUGGUGGUUUGCUUGAAUGAAUUUGAUGGUGUGUGAGAAAAAUAAUGCACUAGCUAGCUACACAGAGUUUCCCAAUUUAGGGAAUCUUAAGAAGCGUGGACUUCAACACCCAAAAUUCCUCCAGGCAGCAUGCUGGCUGGGGGAAUACUGGGAGUUGAAGCCUACUAUCUUAAUAUUAACAAAUUCACUAUCUUAACAUUAACAAGUUCACCAACUUUAUAUUAACAUUGACCAACUAAAAUGUACAAAAAAAAAAAAAUCUCACUCUCCUGAUGGACCGUUGGGAAGAAUCAAGCUUUAUUCUUGUGGGGUUUUUUUGAAGAUCAAGCUCCAUUGCUCUAAAGCAGAGAUUCGCCACACCGAGGUUAACGAAAGGGCACAAUUAAUGAAGAGAUCGCUAUCCACCACCAUAGAAUGAAUGAAACCCUAUUGCUCUUAUCAGGAGAGGGAUGUUUUAGGAGGAAUUUUAAAAUUCUUUGGUCUUUAACUGUGACAUUCCUAUGUUUGGACUGAGCUAGCAUUUUCAUCUGUUUUUGUCAGGUUCUAAAACCCAAGAGAAACAUGUUGUGGUUGUUCUAAACAGAUUUGUAGGAUGUAGAAUAACAGAGUUGGAAGGGACCUUCAAGGUUUUCUAGUCCAACCCCCUGCUGCAGCAGGAGAUCCCGUCCCAUUCUGAAUAAAUGAUGUCCGGGGUCUUCUUGAAAAUCUCCAGUGAUAGAGCACCCACAACUUCUGGACGCAAGCUGCUCUUUAUUUAUUUCUUUAUUGUUCCUCACCUUCAGACAGAAAUCUUGCCAAAGUAGACUUGUCCCAUCAGGGGAAUUCUGGAAGUUGAAGUCCAAACAUCUUAAAGUUGCCAAGGUUGAAAAAAUGCUGUAUUUGAGAGUUCAUCUUGUGGUACCAUAUGAGUGUUUUAAUCAAUAUCACUUUUAUUUGAUAAGAUUAAACUUGUUUAAUGCAAAUAUGGAUUUAAUUAUUACUAGUGGAAGCAUUUUUAAUUCUCUAGGUAAAAGUAAAUGUAAUUUUAAGAGCAAGCUCACUGCAUUAAAUACAAACAUUUUUUUCCUCUCUCAAAUUCUGAAGCAAAAUCAGAUUUAUUUUAAAGAUACGUAUCAUUAUAUCCCAUCAUUAAGUCAAUUUAGAACAACAGAUUUUCAUGAAAAUGAUUUUGCAUGUUUUCAGCACUGUUCAGUUUAAUCUGGCGGAAGAGGAAAGAGAAGAUUGUUUAUGCUGCAAUAUCACAGGCUCAAUAUUAAUAAAUGGAUGAAUAAAUGGCAAAAUUAAUUGCUUGGAUUCAUCUAAAAAGUCAGAUUUUUAAAAAUUCAUCAGUGUCUUUCCCUGUUGGGAUGAUGCCAAGCUGGGCUAAAUGCUGCCUUGAAAACUAUUUUGACAAUCUUUUAAUUAUAGUGUUUAUUUUAAUGUUAAGCAAUAAUGCUUCUGAGAUGAAAUAUAUUGUUUUGUAUUUUUAAAAAAGAAUAGUACAGGUUAUUUUCCACUAGGUGACAGUAUUGAACCAAAAACAUUACCUAGGUACCCUUAUGGAUUGUUCUAUAAUUCUAACAGAAGGGGCAGAAGAGGACAAUUGCACUCAAGCUCUACUUGAGUGAGUCAGGAAGGUGCAAUGAUGGAGGUGGGAUUAAGAUGGAUUUUGGCUCAAAGUGGCAAAAUCCUUCUUAGGUUCUCUUCUCGCAUUUUUACGAAGAUCCUGGCCAUUUUGUAACCCAAGCCUCCCUCAUUAAGUGUUGUACUUUAUGAUUCUUGAUGAACGUAUCUUUUAUUUUAUGUACACUGAGAGCAUAUGCACCAAGAUAAAUUCCUUGUGUGUCCAAUCACACUUGGCCAAUAAAAAUUCUAUUCUAUUC